UGGGCGAUAGUUGGAAAACAGCUGAUUUGAUAGUUAAAUUUUUAUAUUUAGUUAGCUUUUCAACAUUUCAUUAAACUAUUUUUGCUAAGCUUGUAUUUAAGUGAAAAUGGCUACAGAUAUAUUAUCGGUUUUGUCUGGUUCGCCAAACCAACUUAUGUCAUUAAAUAGCAAGCGAUGGAAUAGUUUGCGUCAUAUAUUAGAACGACCGGGUCCGUUCUGCAAAUCUGACUUCACCGCAUCUGCCGAAAAUUUAGAAGCUUUACAGACUGUGCUUAAGAUUCUAGUCAUCGGUGCCGGUGGCCUUGGGUGUGAAUUAUUAAAGGAUCUUGCUAUGAUGGGUUUUGGCAAUUUGCAUGUCAUUGAUAUGGACACAAUUGAAUUAUCUAAUUUGAAUCGCCAAUUCCUUUUCAGACGCAAAGACCUAGGAUUAUCGAAAGCAGAAUGUGCUGCACGUUUUAUAAAUGAGCGUGUACCCACUUGUCAUGUAACUUCACAUUUUGCUAAAAUUCAAGACUUUGAUGAAAGUUUUUAUUCACAAUUUCACAUUAUUGUAUGUGGAUUAGAUUCCAUUGUUGCACGUCGUUGGAUUAACGGUAUGCUAAUAUCUAUGCUUGAUUACAAUGAAGAUGGUAGUGUUGAUCCAUCUACGAUAAUACCAUUGAUUGAUGGUGGCACUGAAGGCUUUAAAGGAAAUGCGCGUGUAAUUUUACCUGGACUCACGUCAUGUAUUGAGUGUACUCUAGAUUUGUUUCCACCACAAGUGACAUAUCCCUUGUGCACAAUUGCUAAUACACCGCGUUUGCCAGAGCACUGCAUAGAAUAUGUUAAAAUAAUUCAAUGGGAGAAAGAGAAUCCGUUUAGCGCGCCACUCGAUGGUGAUGAUCCGCAACAUGUCGCAUGGGUGUACGAACGUUCACUAGAGCGUGCCAAUCAAUAUAAUAUUUCGGGAAUUACCUAUAGAUUGGUGCAGGGCGUUAUUAAAAACAUCAUUCCAGCUGUUGCAAGCACCAACGCGGUUAUUGCGGCUGCUUGUGCCACAGAGGUUUUUAAAUUGGGUACGAGCUGCUACGAUAAUAUGAACAACUACAUGAAUUUUAAUGACAUUGAAGGCAUUUACACUUACACUUACCCACCGGAAAAAAGUGAUACAUGUCUGGCUUGUAGCAACACACCACAGGAUUUAAAUGUCGAUGAUCCAAACACAACUACGCUCGAUGAUUUAAUUAAAAUACUCUGCGAAAGUCAGCGUUUUCAAUUGAAGAGUCCAGGCUUAACCACAAUUAUAGAUGGUAAAAACAAAACGCUGUACAUGUCAGCAGUUAAAAGUAUAGAGCAACAAACACGUGCUAAUCUCACGAUGUCUCUGGCUGAGUUGGGGCUUUAUGAUGGAGCAAGCAUUAUGGUCAGUGAUGUCAAUAUGCCCACCACAAUAACAUUAAUAUUAAAAUACCAUCCCAAUGAAGUGGAAAUGAAAUGAGUAAUUUGUUUCUUAUAUGGAAAUACAUGAUUUUAUAUUAUCGUCUUUUCGAAACUACAA